AUGAAGUCGGUACCCAAGCAAGAGGCGCAACCAAAACCACGGCUCAUUGUGCGCCUUGGUGUAUUCCUUGCAUCUCACCACAUUCUCUUCAGUGUUCUAUGCUGCUCUGCUGGCAUUAUCACACUACUACUCCUUCCUUCACUUGCAAAAAACACAUACCUCUCGGAGAAUGCUCUUAUACCUGGCUUUGCCAAUCCAUUAUUUUCUACUGAAGAUGCUAUUGAAGCAAACAGAUUUAUGAAAGGAAUUGAAGCUGUGUUGGCAAAUUUCAUAGCACAACAAAUAGAAGCUCUAGGUGCAGAAGUGUGUUACCAUAAGUUUAUCCCUCGUAGCAAGAAUUUUCAUCCUCUGAAGUUCUUCACCUCCAUGACAAAUGAUAUGGCAAUUCAACCUAAUGGCACCGACACCAAUUUUGGGAUAAACACUAUCGGCAUUGUACGAGCUCCUCGGGGCGAUGGAAAAGAAACAAUAGUGCUGGUUAGUCCUUAUAAUUCUCAAAGUGUUCAGUCAAAUGAAUUAUUAUCGCUGGCUCUUGGUUUCUCUGUCUUCUCCCUCUUAAGUCGAGCUGCAUGGUUGUCCAAAGAUGUUGUGUGGCUAUCUGUAGACUCACAGUUUGGAGAGUAUGUUGCAGUCUCUGCAUGGUUAAACCUGUAUCAUAAUCUUGUGUUUUUGAGUCAGUCAGUAAUAUUGCAUACCAAGAUGUAUGGCGCAAACCAUAUAAAUGAUGGUAAUUCAGAAAAAACAGAAGUCAUGGCUUUCAAAUGUGCUGGAACAAUGGUUGCUGCUCUCAUAUUUAAAGUUGGGGAAACCAGAAGAUAUGGUGACAGAGACAGUGUUAUGAUGUAUGCAGAGGCAUCUAAUGGACAAAUGCCAAACUUGGACCUUUUGAAUGUGGUGCAUUAUUUGGCUGUUCAUAGACAAGUCCCUGACUAUGUGGAGGGGACUGCAAACCUAGCUAACUCUAUAUACAGCCAGGCUCUUGGAGUGCCCACAGGAUCCCAUGGAGCUUUCUGUGAUUAUCAAGUUGACGUGGUUUCUUUAGAAUUUUCACCAACAUUUCAUGUCAGAAAUGACAAUGCUAAAUCUUUGUUUCGUCUAAGGGGUGGAAUGUUAAUCGAAGGAGUGGUGCGUUCUGUGAACAAUCUGCUUGAGAAGUUCCAUCAGUCCUUUUUCCUGUACUUCCUUACUGCUCCAAGCAAGUUCAUUUCAGUUGGCAUGUAUAUGAUUCCGUUUGCAUUGCUGUUGGCACCUCUCCCAAUAGUUGCUGCUGCCUUUGCUGGUGGCAGUAAAAGCAUGGAAAAACCAGUAGAUAAGUUGAUAGAACACAGUAAAGCAGAUGACAUUGCCGAUAUCCCGCAAAGCAAGGGUGGAUCAUGUAAAUGGCUUCAAGCUGCAAAAGUAUUGCUUGUUAUCCAGCUAUGGGCAGUACUUGUUUCACUACUUCCAUAUUACAUUACUCAGAUACCUGAUGCCACACCUAUGCAAAGCACACUCAUCUGGGUUGUUCUCUCCAUUGUCAUACUGAUCGCCCUAUCUGUCUUGUUUGGCUCACCAUACUCAGCUGGCGUUGAAUGGAAACUUCUGAAAGCUACCUUGAUCACUUCCAUGUCCAUCGGGUUGGGGCUCAUGUCAAUCAUAAAUUUUGCCACUGCUCAGCUUGGUGCUCUGAUAGUGAUCCCAAUGUGUUUGUUUUCUCGGCCUCUGAAGGCAUCAGGGAUGAAUUUUCUUCCUCGGUCUGUAUUAUUGGCUUCAAACAUAGUGUUUGCUGUGUUGGGUUUUCCUCCAGCUGCAGUGCUGAUUAUGAAAGGAAUGUCCAAGGGGUCGUGUUCGUGGACAACAGAUUUUGGAGAUUUCUGGAUAUGGAUGGAGUUCCUGUGGGAAUGGAGCAGCGAGACGUAUCUGUACCUAUAUCUUGUCCAUCUUCCCUGCUGGCUUUUGUGCAUCCUUGUGUUGCUGCACCCAUGUCGCCAAUUAGAAUCUAAGAUAAAGGAGGACUGGCUGUUUGGUCUCGGGGGUAUUUUCUUUUCGGUUGGUAAAUUUUAG